CCUAGGCAGUGAGGAGAGAUACUGAUCCGAGGAACCUUUACAAGUCUUUUUGUAGAAUAAAAUAGUAUGAAGGUUUAUAUUAUCAUAAAUGAAGAAAAGUUCUAUUAUAAAAUCUGUAGAUCAUUAGAUUCUCUUUAUAUCUCAAUGCGACUUAAUGUCAAUCAUUGGAUUUAUUCAAGCUAGGACUUCUAAUACAAUUAAUUCAUAUAAAGUAUUUAUUCCUUAUCACAUAAUUCAAUGGCAGAUCAUGGCUUAUAACAACAACUCAUCCAUCAGUUUACAGAAGGACAUCAAAGAAUUUGUUAAGAACCUUCCAAAGAACGAAGGUAGUGAAUGGACCAACAGUAAGAUCUUCAACAAAGGGUUCCACAGAGAACUUAAAAGGAAACUGUGGAUGCCCUCCAAAGCACAAACGCAGUAUACAAGGGAGCUGAUCGACUCAUCAUCGCGGGAAGAGCAGCGACAAGCCUUUACGAAGAAUGCCAACAAUUUCUUGGAUCAGGAGGAAGUGAAGAUCAGUUCUUUCACAUCAUGGAAGGCACCCGACAACUCGCAGUUUACUCAUACGCCACGAAUAAGACCACCAAAAGUGAAGCUAGGAUAA